CUCGGAGGGUAGCAGCAAUAACAGUUGCAACCAGAGUAGCUGAAGAGAAAGGGUCUGUACUAGGCUGUGAUGUGGGCUACUGUGUCAGGUUUAACAAUGCAACAGAUCCCACACUGACCAAGAUCAAGUUCCUUACUGAUGGAAUGCCUAAUCAGAGAGCUGAUGAGAGACCCACUUUUACUUAAAUACAGUGUUGUGAUGGUAGAUGAAGCUCAUGAGAGGAGCAUUCAUACAGACAUCAUAGUCGGCUUACUUAAGAAAAUUCUAAAAAGGAGAGCAGAUCUUAGAGUCAUUGUGUCAUCAGCAACACUGGAUGCCGAGGCUGUCAGGGAUUUUUUCAACCAAGACGAUUCCAAGGGAAAAAGUGAAGAAAUUGCAACUAUUAUAACCAUUGAGGGCAGAGCAUUUCCAGUAGAUGUAUUUUAUAUUAGCAGCCCUGUACCCGAUUAUGUGAAGGCAACAAUGGAAACAAUACUAAAGAUCCACAAACAUGAAAAGCCUGGAGACAUCCUAGCCUUUCUCACCGGGCAGGAAGAAGUUGAACAUGUGUGUGCCUUGGUCAGAGAAGCAGCUGAGAGCAUGCAAAGGGUGACCAUGCAACUACUCGUACUGCCAAUGUAUGCGAGCCUCACGGCAAAAGAACAGCUAAAGGUGUUUCAGCGGACACCGGAAAAGACGCGCAAGGUCGUCAUUGCAACAAACAUAGCUGAAGCUUCAAUCACCAUCAAUGGAAUCACCUAUGUGAUAGACUGUGGUUUCGUGAAGUUGCGAGCGUUUAACCCCGACACUGGUAGCGACUGCCUGGUGGUGGUGCCAGUCUCACAGGCAUCAGCUGAGCAGCGCAGUGGCAGGGCAGGCAGGGUCCGGUCAGGCAAGUCUUACCGGCUCUAUCCAGAGGAGGAGCACGCGAAGCUUCCUGCGGCGACAGUGCCGGAGAUGCAGCGCAGCGACCUCUCCACCGUCCUCCUCCUGUUGAAGGCUCUCGGAGUCUCCAAUGUACUGCGCUUCAACUUCCUCUCGAAGCCACCAGCACAGAACAUGUCUAGAGCGUUGGAUCUCCUGUAUGCACUCGGGGCCAUAGACGUGGAUGGCAAGCUCACAGAACAACUCGGCCAGCAGAUGGCUGAGUUCCCUUUGGAGCCAAUGUUUGCCAAAAUGUUACUGGAGUCUGGGAAAUUCGAAUGCUCAGAGGAAAUUCUCAGCAUAGCAGCCAUGCUGAACAUUGAAUGCGUGUUCACUACGCCCUCUAUUGGCAAGGCUAAAGCGGAUAGAGCAAAGUACCAAUUCUCGGUAGAAGAGGGUGAUCAUCUCACGCUUCUUAAUGUAUACGAAUCAUUCAUCAAGAAAAAGAAGAGUGCACGGUGGUGCCACGAAAACUACCUCAACUAUAAAGGCUUGAUGCGAGUGGUGGACGUUCGUAACCAACUAAAAGGUCUUCUACAAAGAUUCGAAAUACCUUUGGUUUCAGCAGAAGGAGAUGCGGACAGGAUAUGCCGAUGCAUCGCAGCAGGAUUCUUUGCUAACGCUGCACGACUGCACUACACGGGAGAAUACCGAACAGUGAAGGAUGACCUCCCCAUACACGUGCACCCGAGCUCAGUGCUGUACGCGCUGAAGCCUGCUCAGUGGGUGAUGUUCAACGAGGUGCUACUGACAUCUCGUGCAUACAUGAGGAAUGUGACGGCAAUCGACCCGCGGUGGCUGUAUGAGCUCGCACCUCACUACUAUCAAUACGGCACAGAGAGAGAGAUAGCUGCAAAGAGAAUGAAGACCGGGACGUGAUGUUCUUGGGUGCGUGACAUGAGACGUUGGUUGCUGUCAACACUAUAUGUCGGUCAUUCAAAACACAUUGUUGGCCACUGUCAACAACAAAGACUGUUGGUUGCUGGCAACACAUUUGCUGCAGACUACUGACAAUUACUACUUAUUGAGAGGAGACAGCUAUUAUUGCACUUCUGAUUCUUUUUGUGAUUCAACACAGAUGUUUGCGCUUCUCCACGAGAUGAGAGUAAGUUGUCGUGGCAUGACGCUAAUAUCGGUAAUGAAGCAGACAGUGUUACCAAAAGUGGAACACGAGUCAAAAUAUUAUGAUAUACAAUUAUUUAUUUUAUAAAAUAAAGUGUAGCUGAGCAGUUUCACAUA